AUGUCUCAAAGGCCAAAUACUCCACAGCGGGACAGGCCAACUGAAUAUAGACUAUCUUUGUCAUCUAAUGCAAGCUCAAGAAGAUCUAGUUUAGGCAACAACGGUCGAGAUCAGCAUGCGUCAAAUCAAACAAUGAUUGAAAAAUACGUGCUCCCACAAUUACAGGAACUUUCGGACUCGAUGGUAACACUCGAUGGUAACAUGACGCACAUGAAUUUCAUUCAUGAAUCGAUAGCGGAUUUAAAUGAGGCUCUAAGCGCUUUAUUAUACGGAUUGAUGUGUAACUCUUGGUGUGUUGAUUUCCCGAACAUAUCUCAUGAUACUCCGCAUGAAUUGAAAUUAAUCCAAAGACUAGAAGAGUUGAAACAAGAAAGACAAGCACUACAGGCGAAACUCAAGCCAAAGGAACUUACCAAAGGAAGCAUAUUACCUCUUUCAAGACAACCUUUAUCACGAGGUUCUCAGAUGUUGUAUCGUGAUGAAAAUGUGCCAGGUUCUACUGCAAGCUCGAAUGUUAACAUUGACAUUAACGAUGACGAAGAUAACACAGCCGCUUCGUUUGUAUCCAACCCAACUACUUUCAAACCUCAAAUGAUAUCUUCAGUAGGAGCUUCAACUGACUUUAUGGGAAAACAAACGGUAGGCUCCGCGUCAUCGAAACUCAGAAGAAGAUCCAUUCUACAUCAAAUACGAAACAACGCUGCAAUAGGCACUAUACCUAAUACACUAACAGGUAUUACUCCUGGAGAAAGAAAAAGAUCACUAGCAGUCAGUGCAAAAAGAAUUCCUAUCUUGGCAGGAUCAUCGACUACCGCUGGCUCUGCCUCUUCUGCUAAUCGUGAAUCUACAAAUACAGAGCCCGCUCUACCGAAUAGAGUUGUAAGAACAAGACAGAGAACCUAUAAUCCAAAAAACCUUGCAAGCAGGCCUCCUUUCAGGUAA